UUUUUUUCCCCGUGCUGUGUGUUUGCACAAAGUGCCGUGAAGAACUGGGAGAGGAGCCAAUUCUUCCCAGAUGUAACUGACACCCCGCCACAUGCUUUAAGUGUUAUUUUAACGAAAGCGGACACCAGUAGACUCAGAAUAACUGAUGUUAAUUUGAAAAGGCGGAAGAGACAAAAUCAGAUCCAACACACCACAUGACCACUAUUGCAAGCCAUAGUCAUGACAAGACACAGCUAGGGGGAAAAAAAGGAUACCAGCUGCAGGAACAACUCUCACAGUGCACUUUGAUGCUAUCAGGGCGUUUCAUGUGAAAGCAGUGAAAGGUUUAGUCUGAAAAGGAGAGACACAUAAUUUCUGUAUCCAGAUUGAUACUUGGUGUUUGUUUACAGCAGACUCAGAAGUACAACUCCACUUAAAAGGGUCAGUUAUGUACUCCUGUAAUAUGUAAAACUGUAAUAAAGGAGCAUCAAAAAGAUCUUUAACACACACACGCAGGCACAAGGAGAAGCUUAGCACCGAGUUUCACUCACAUGCCUGGUGGCAGACAACCACUUUGCUUCAAUGGGGAAGUGCAGCUAUAGAGGAGAAGUUUCUAGAGGCCGCCGUCACCUCAGUGUCACCUGGGAGAUAGCCUAGCUCAGCCCAACUCAACUCAGCCCAGCUAGCCAGUCUGUGACCUCCCCGCCCCCGACCCUCUUCUCCCACAUCCCAUCAUUGCCCCCCGUCCUCUGCCCUACUUUUUCCAGUGAGUUGCCAUGGCAUCAGUGCGCUUCACGGUGACGCCCACCAAAGCGGAGGACCUCCCCGGGCUGUCCGACACCUCGCCCGACAUCAGCUCCCGCUCCAGUCGCGUCCGCUUUGGCUCCAGGGAGAGCGUCAGCGAGGGGUCGGGGGGCUUGACGACCAGCGCCACAGCAGGGGCAGGAGGAACCGAGACACCUGACCGCAGCAAUGCAGAGCCAGGUGAUGGGAAUGCCAAAAUCUCCAGUGUUUACAUCAACAACACUCACGGGGUGGAUGACGAUGACUUCUACGACAGAAACCUGGCCUUAUUCGAGGAGGAGAUGGACACUCGGCCGAAGGUGUCUUCCCUCCUCAACCGUCUGGCCAACUACACUAACCUGACCCAGGGGGCCAAGGAGCAUGAGGAGGCCGAGAGCAUCGGAGAAAAGAGGAAAACUGGCAAGUCUCCACAGAUGGGGACGUUCAUGGGCGUUUACCUGCCGUGCCUGCAGAACAUCUUCGGCGUCAUCCUGUUCCUGCGGUUGACCUGGGUGGUGGGAACCGCCGGGGUGCUGCAGGGCCUCUGCAUUGUCUUCAUAUGCUGUUGCUGUACGAUGUUAACGGCCAUAUCAAUGAGUGCAAUUGCUACCAACGGAGUUGUACCAGCGGGAGGCUCCUACUUCAUGAUCAGUCGUUCGCUGGGUCCAGAGUUUGGGGGGGCAGUGGGCCUGUGUUUCUACCUGGGCACCACCUUCGCUGGGGCCAUGUACAUCCUAGGAGCCAUCGAGAUCCUUCUGAUGUACAUAGCACCUUCGACAGCCAUUUUUGUCCCGAGUUCGCCUGAUGGUGAAGGGGCAGCCAUGUUGAAUAACAUGCGGGUCUACGGCUCAAUCUGUCUCCUUCUGAUGUCCCUGCUGGUCUUUGUGGGUGUGAAGUAUGUGAACAAGCUGGCCUCCAUCUUCCUAGCCUGCGUCAUCAUUUCCAUCCUCUCCAUCUACAUCGGCGCGCUCAUCUCCGCCUUCAGCCCCCCAAAGUUCCCUGUGUGCAUGCUGGGAAACAGAACCAUCAACGGCCACACUCUCCGUGACCACCAGUGUGCCAAGACCGUGCUGCUGCAGAUCAAGGAGCCAGCUGGGGCCGAGGACGCCAACCUCACGUUCACUGGCGAAAACAGCACCAUGGCCCCGACAGUCGACCCUAGCCGUGUCACCGUGGAGAAGGCGACGGUGCUAUGGGAACAUUUCUGCGAGGGGAAGGAGCUCAACUCCUCCUGUGAUGACUACUUCAGUCACAGCAACUUCACGCAGAUAGAGGGGAUCCCUGGUCUGGCCAGCGGAAUCAUCACAGAGAACCUGUGGAGCUCCUACCUCAGCAAAGGGGACGUGCUGGAGAAAAGUUCACUCAACUCCACCCACACUGCACACCCAGCAUCCUUUCAGCAGCCCUACGUGUUUGCUGACAUCACCACCUCAUUCACACUAUUGGUGGGCAUCUUCUUCCCGUCUGUCACAGGCAUCAUGGCUGGCUCUAACCGGUCGGGGGAUCUGAAAGACGCCCAGCGCUCCAUCCCCAUAGGAACCAUCCUGGCCAUCCUCACCACCUCCCUCGUCUACCUGAGUAGCGUUAUUUUGUUUGGAGCCUGCAUCGACGGAGUCCUCCUCCGAGACAAGUUUGGGGACUCAGUUAAGGGGAACCUGGUGGUGGGAACCCUGGCCUGGCCCAGCCCCUGGGUCAUUGUGAUUGGCUCUUUCUUCUCGACAUGCGGUGCAGGCCUUCAGUCGCUGACUGGUGCUCCGCGCCUCCUGCAGGCCAUCGCCAAGGACAACAUCAUUCCCUUCCUCAGGGUGUUUGGCCACGGGAAGGCCAAUGGGGAGCCCACCUGGGCCAUGCUGCUGACUGCCCUGAUAGCCGAGCUGGGGAUUCUCAUCGCCUCCCUGGAUUUGGUGGCUCCCAUCCUGUCAAUGUUUUUUCUGAUGUGUUAUCUAUUUGUGAACCUGGCCUGUGCCCUGCAGACUCUGCUGAGGACCCCCAACUGGAGGCCACGCUUUUCCUACUAUCACUGGACCUUGUCAUUUUUGGGGAUGACGAUCUGCCUGGCGCUGAUGUUCAUCUCCUCUUGGUACUACGCAAUCGUUGCCAUGGUGAUCGCCGGCAUGAUCUACAAGUACAUUGAGUACCAUGGAGCGGAGAAGGAGUGGGGCGAUGGGAUCCGUGGGCUCUCGCUCAGCGCUGCCCGUUACGCCCUCUUGAGGUUGGAGGAGGGGCCACCACACACUAAAAACUGGAGGCCCCAGCUGUUAGUCUUACUGAAGCUGGAUGAGGACGCUCACGUAAAAUCCCCCCGCCUGCUGACGUUUGCCAGCCAGCUGAAGGCCGGGAAAGGCCUGACCAUCGUCGGCACCGUCAUCCCUGGAAACUUCCUGCACAGCUACGGAGAGGCUCUGGCUGCCGAACAGACUAUGAAGCACCUUAUGGAUAAGGAGCGGGUGAAGGGCUUCUGCCAGUGCAUCGUGGCCCAGAAGCCGCGCGACGGCAUCAGUCACAUGAUCCAGUCGAGCGGCCUGGGUGGCAUGAAACACAACACGGUGGUGAUGGGCUGGCCUCACGCCUGGAGGCAGAGCGAGGACCCGCAGUCCUGGAAGACAUUCAUCAACACGGUGCGGGUGACUACAGCGGCCCACCUGGCCCUGCUGGUGCCCAAAAACAUCUCGCUGUUUCCCAGCAACAAUGAGCCCUGCACAGAAGGCUACAUUGACGUCUGGUGGAUCGUGCAUGACGGGGGUAUGCUGAUGCUGCUGCCCUUCCUGUUGCGUCAACACAAGGUGUGGCGCAAGUGCGGGAUGCGAAUCUUCACUGUGGCCCAGAUGGAGGAUAACUCCAUCCAGAUGAAGAAGGACCUGGCAACCUUCCUCUAUCACCUGCGUAUCGAGGCCGAAGUGGAGGUGGUUGAGAUGCAUGACAGUGACAUCAGUGCGUACACAUAUGAAAGGACCCUGAUGAUGGAGCAGAGGUCUCAGAUGCUCCGACAGAUGAGGCUUUCUAAGUCGGACCGGGAAAAAGAGCGAGUUCGCUGGAGUUUUGAUGAUGUGUAUCUCUCCCCCAGGUUCCAGAGUAUUGGCGUCAGCACCACAAACACCAACAAAGUCUACAGAGACAGACAGGCCCAGCUGGUGAAGGAUCGCAACUCCAUGCUGCGUCUGACCAGCAUCGGGUCGGACGACGACGACGACACCGAUGGCGGGGAACGAACCGAGCGCGAGAAGUCGGCCAGCUCCUCGGCCGAGCACCAUCGGCGGGUCCAGAUGACCUGGACCAAAGAGAAGACCAUGCAGUACCGAUCCACGCACUCAGGCUGCUCCACACCCGAGGGCUUCAGAGACAUGCUCAGCAUCAGGCCGGAUCACUCCAACGUCAGGCGGAUGCACACGGCUGUCAAGCUCAACGAGGUCAUCGUCAACAAAUCCCAUGAUGCCCGGCUAGUCCUGCUCAACAUGCCAGGACCGCCCAGGAACCCUGAAGGAGACGAGAACUAUAUGGAGUUCCUGGAGGUUUUAACGGAGGGACUGGAACGCGUCCUGUUGGUCAGAGGCGGAGGAAGUGAAGUCAUCACCAUCUACUCCUGAUUGGACAAACCGGGGGGGAGACCCACCCCACAGGGCAGCCAGUCACAUGGAGGAGAGUGAAGGGAGAUGGUGGGGCCUUGGAGCACCGGGGGGGGUGUGGCCUCUCCAUCAGACAGCGCAAAAAGUCAGACUGUCAUUGGCUGCAGCGUCGAUCAACCCGCAAAAGCCCCUCCCCGCCAUCUUUACAUGCCACUUUCUGUCAUAACAAGGGUUCCCAUUCCACUUACGACAAACUACAAAAAUGCCAACACAAUUCCUUGAAUGAGCAAAAUAUGAGACUGCUCAACUCUGUGUGCGUGUGUAUGUAUGUGUGUUUACUGUGUGUUUGUAAGAAAGUCACCCAUCGCAUGUUGCAGCAGGGACCAGUGUUGUCAUGUGAGUGAGUGUGUUUGGGCGGUGGACCAUCGGACGAGGAAAACGUAAAAAACAACACAGACUGAAAACAGAGCGAGCGGACGCUGAUGUGACUCAGGGUUGCAUUCUGUGCAGAAUGCAUGUCGGAAGCCGUUGCGAGUUCAGAGUGUUUAUGUUCGAAUUAAAAUGGGUGUUUGUUGUUUUUAUCUCUCUUCAAGAACACAGUAAAAUCGAGUUCAUCUCUGCGGAAAAAAACUGGAAAGGAGACAGUAGAUUUAAGGAGGGGGAGGGAGGCGGGGGUCUAGAUCACAAGUAUGUCUUUUAAACCGAUUUAGCGAUAACGCGUGGAAAAACAGCCAGAUGCGAGAUGCAGUCACUGUAUUUUGUUUCUUCGACCCAUAAUCACAAGUCUUUCCUUACUUGAAAGUGUGGUGUCAUACACAGUGUUGGCAUGGGGGGGAAAAAGCAACGGGAAGAAAUACUGCUUAAAAUAUAAAACAGUAGCCUCCCCAUUGUAUAAUAUCACUUUUUUCUAAUACAUAUCCAGACCUUGGUCACAUAGUAUUUGCAGAUCAUCUCAGCGUUCUGUUCUGACUACCAGACAGAUGCAUUUUAUCUCAUCAGGGCAAUAACUGUCAUGUAAGGAAAGGUAAAGGAACAGUUCACCCAAUAUAGGAGAGAAAAAAAACUUAUUUUCCCGCUAACCACCUUGUGCACUCUGUACAUCCACAUAGUUUCUGUGUGAUUUGGUGAGGAUGCCACUGUGUCUCCCUUCACUCCAAUACAACAUGGUGCAUGACAGGUUUUGUUUGUGCAGUUUGAGCAGUCAAAAAUCUACAUGUGUAAAAACUAGGAACUACUUCUUUCCGUAUAACAAUCACUGCGUUUACAUGCACCUUAGCAACUGGGUUAUUUGCCGCUUACAGGCAGUUAUCAUUUUUCAAAUGCCAUGUAAACAAGCAAGCGGGUUUCCUUAAUGAGGGUUAGGCGAAUAAGAAAAAUCAGGUUAAAGCAGCUAGACUUCUCUUGGAAAAAAAACAAUUAUCAGGCUAUGCAUAUGUUGUAGGCAGGGUACUCACAUUAAUCUGGUUUCUUGUGUGUAUGUAAACACAGUGACCAGCAAACUGUAUCUGUCCAUCCCUGAUUUAUUCUCUUUUAAAGGCAAACAAUACACACCCAGCUCCAUUGUAUUGGAAUGAAGGGAAACCGACUGGAAACCUUGCCAUAUCACAAACUGUGUGGACAGAUAUUGUGCAUGAGGGACUAGAGGAAUUUUUUAAAUAUUUUGUGUGAACUGCUCCUUAAAUAGUCACAGAUAGAUUCUCUGAUUGACUUCAAUAACAUUUUGUGCGAUUGUGCAAACUUUCCUGCAUUGCAUCGCCCUGCUUCUCGAAACCGACACUGUUCCUCGCUGCUCUGUAAAUCGAUACGAAACAAAUAACGGCGAGAAAUAUUUGCAAAACACUGUUUGACACCGACACCGGAUCUCUGCUCGUCCCACAACGCAACGUGUCUGAACACCAGCAACCCACAGCUGGAAUGAGUGGUGUGUGUCUAUGUGUGUGUGUGUGAGAGAGAAAACAGCCUAGUUAACUUUAUUCAGAGGAGGGUGUGUGUGUGUGUGUGUGUGUGUGUGUGUCCCAGAAUCCCAGAGUCAUGAAUGAAUCCGCUGCACAGGUGACGUUUGAGGCUGACUCUGUGUUUUGUGCCACACACUGGCCCGGUGUUGGACUGCAUGUUGAUCUGACAGGUGUGUGGAGCGUGUGACCGUAGCAGUGUGUGUGUGUCAUGUUGGUGUGAAAGGAAAAUGAAGGGGGUGCAGUGCUGUAGGUAACACAAGCCGUUGUAACACACUGGAGCAUCAGCAGAGGACCAGUGCACUGCAUGCUGUCAAAAAUCUGCUCUUUUUCACUGUUAUUUUGGAUGUUAUGAGAGGAAAUGUGUGUGUGUGUGUGCAUGGUGUUUAAAUGACGUGGGUGUAUUCAGCCUCAGUACACCCAAUAUGGUGUUCUCCAUUCCCUCACAUGUGUAUCUUGGCUACGCUGCGCAGUGUGUGUGUGUGUGCUUGUGCCCUGCAACUCCCGACCUGCUGGACACCUGAACUCAACCCUGAUAUCCUCCUGUGUGUGUGUGUGUGUGUGUGUGUGUGUGUGUGUGUGUGUGUGAGUGUGUGAGAGAGACAGAGAGAGAGAGAUGGCAACUGUCAUGCUCGUUGCAAACUGGAGGAGCCGUACUAAAACUGGAGGUGUUUGAUUCCACUCCGACGCUUAGUCCCUUUCUCUUUUUUUUUUU